CAAACGAGACGGCGGCGGCGGCGGAAAACGGGCCCCGGCUAUGUGAUGGAGCGGAGUGUUUCCCGGCCAACUUUUUGGGGGUUCUAAUGUCUCCAUGUCGCAUUUGCCGUAGAGACAUACAUCCGUGUACGGUCGGCUUUCAAUACACGCAGCCGCUGCGUUGUGUUAUAACAACAACAACAACAACAACAGACACAACCGACGUCUACGUGUGUAUCAAGGUUUGUCGCCCGGUCGCUCGCUCACUCGAGGAGGAUGCUUAGCGAGCAGGUUCCCCCAGCUACGCCGGCCCAGGUUCCGGCUCUUCUUCAUACAAACCGGUAUGUCGGAUGAGGAUUCCCGUGCCAGCACAAGCUCUUCCUCGUCACCACCUUCCUCCAGCCAGACCAGACAGCGGGACACACCUUGCAAGAAGAAACGGGAGAGCAAAGCCAGCAUGAGCAAGACCUCCAAGCUGCUUUCCACCAGCGCCAAAAGGAUUCAGAAAGAGCUGGCUGACAUUACACUGGACCCUCCACCAAACUGCAGUGCUGGCCCGAAAGGAGACAACAUCUAUGAGUGGAGGUCGACCAUCCUGGGACCACCGGGCUCCGUGUACGAGGGAGGGGUCUUCUUCCUGGACAUUGCCUUCACACCUGACUACCCCUUCAAGCCCCCCAAGGUGACAUUUCGUACGAGGAUCUACCACUGCAACAUCAACAGUCAGGGUGUAAUCUGUCUGGACAUCCUGAAGGACAACUGGAGCCCCGCCCUCACCAUCUCCAAGGUGCUGCUGUCCAUCUGCUCCCUGCUCACAGACUGUAACCCAGCCGAUCCCCUGGUGGGAAGCAUUGCCACCCAGUACACGACUAACAGAGCGGAACAUGACCGAACAGCCAAACAGUGGACAAAGCGAUACGCCACAUAAACCCACAGAGGACGGCGGUGGGACCGGGGCUGCUCUGUGUCGGGGAGGGUGGGGGGGG